AUGCUGUGUGCAGGCCCGUCCAUGAGCCAGUUGCAGAUUUUUGCCCUGGGUGCGGGUGCCGGGGCAGAGGUCAGGGAGUGGACCCUCCAGGAAGUGGUGAACGUCAACAGCACUCGUGCGUGUGAGAAGAGUGAGUUGGAGGAGCCUGUGGACGCCCACGUGGCGGAUCUGGCUGGGUGUCGCCAGGCCGGGGUGUGGGCCGGGUCCCUGUUGUUCGUUUUUCUUUCAGCCGUUUUAAGCCUGUUUGAGCUGAACUGCAUGGCCAUUUUCCGAGGGCCUGCGGGGGACGUGCCAGGCCGGGACAGCCUUCCUCCCCUCGCUCGCCAGGAGGAGUGUGCGUUCAGCGAGAACGUCCUCAGCCGCCAGAUUAUUGCCGGGGGACUGCUCGCUGUCCUCCGGGACCUCAGUCGCGCUGAGGAAGGCCCCUUCGUGGUCCUGGCCAUCGUGGUCAGGCUGUCAGAAGACGCAGAUCCCACAGUGCGGACUGAGCUGAUGGAACAGAUUCCUCCUAUUGCCGUUUUUUUACGAGAAAAUAGAUCAGAUUUUCCAAUGCUGUUCUCGGACAACCUCAUACCUAAUGUAGUGCGGUGCCUCGCAGAUCCAAACCAUCAGGUGUGUAAAAUUUCCAGGGAAAUCCUCCUUUUUCUUCUGGAGCAGGACCUGAUUUUCCAACACGACAUUGAGAACAAAGUGUGCCCGACCCUGCUGGCGCGCUCUGCCCCGGACAGCGGCAACGAGCACAAGGCGGGGGCCAUUAGUGUCACCUGCAAAGCGGCGUCAGUGCUGAGCAGGAGCACCGUCGAGCACCUGCUACUCCCUCGGUUCUGCGAGCUGUGCGGUGACAGGAAGCUCUUUGAGGUUUGGAAGGUGUGUGCUACAAAUUGUGGUGAUACUUGUCAUGCCGUUGGACAGGAGGCCACUGAGCAAUUUUUGGUCCCCAGGCUCCCUGGGCUUUGCUCGGAUCCCGUCUGGGGCAUGGAAGCCUGCGAGGCGUGCUCCCUGGCCGUGUCCCACAGCGCGCCCCCCGAGGUCCGCAGAAAGCUGUCCCCGCUCUUCACCCGGCUGGUCAGCAACUCCUGCCGAUGGGUGCGCCAGGCUGCCUUCCAGUCCCUGGGCCCCUUCCUUUCCACCUUCGCAAACCCCUCCGGGGCUGGCCUUGGUGUUCACGAGGACAGCCUGCGGGGCACCCGGCUGCCGCCCCUGGAUGCAGAGCCCAGUGUCGCCUGCAGGCCUCUGCCUGGUGAGCUCCAAUUCCACGCAGCCGUGGCCGGUGCAGCCAGACCCGCCGUGGGAGGCAGUUUCCUGCACCUCGAGAGCUCCCGUGAUAGCCGAGUAGAAGACUCAGCGGAGGACUGGGGCUGGGCUGGAGCCGAGGCAACCAGGCCUUCCCCAGCGGCCAGUGCCUUCUCGGGGCUCCCUGAUGUCAACACACCAGGACCCGGUUCCCUGGCCUGCCCAGGGAGCCCUGAGGACACGGUACUCGGUGGCUUCCUUUCCUGGUGAACUUUUCUCCCCGACGUAAGCCAGGACUUGGAGCUGCUCCAGAGUGAGGCUGGGCUGCAGGCGGACAGCAGCCUCACGCCCACGCCCGAGCCCGAGCCCGUUAGCUGUGGGGCCAGGAGCGAGAUUCGGAAAGUCCGCAACAGCUUUCGGGGCCCGUGGUGCCUGGUCCGGAUGCUCAAGCCAGGACCUCAGCACCCCCUCUCGGUGGCCGCAGGGAACGGCCUCCUUGCUGCAGCCCUGCGGGUCAGACGUCAGCCCCACUGCAGCAGCAGUGGGUCCAGCCCGUCCAGCGGGGGUCCCGUGAGCUCCUCGGCCUCCUUGCUAGCCCUGGCCCCCAGCAACCGCCUCAAGUUACUGAAAUCCUCGAAACUUCUCUCCCUGCAGUUCAAGUCCAGGCAUUGCCGGCUGCACCGAGUGCAGCACAGCGGGACUCGGGGAGGGAGCCGGCCGCCGCUCCAUACCGAGGGCCCCUUUCCGCCGCCCGACGCCCUCCCUUUCUCUCCAGCAAGCGUGCCAGUUCCCCUCUCUCCCAUCUCCCGGGGUGUGAUACCUCAGCCCCUGCUGGAUGAGUACGUGUCGAUGGCCGACCCAGCUCGUGCCCAGACGGUCGCCGCCGGCAUCGCCAAGCACUGCGCCCACAGCCUCCCGGGGGUGGCUCUCACACUGGGCCCACAGAACUGGCACUGCCUGAAGGAGACGUACGCGGCCCUGGCCUCCGACGUGAAGAGGUGUCUGUCGUGCACCCAGUGGAAGGUACGUCAGACCCUGGCCUUCUCCACCCACGAGCCGGCUGUGAUUCUCGGGGACCAGUUGACAGCUGCUGACCUGGUGCCCAUCUUCAACAGGUUUUUAAAAGACCUGGACAAAGUGGUCCUUAAACACCUGUGUGAUUUUCUGAAGUUGCUUCAUGAAGACAAGAGGAGAGAAUAUCUUUAUCAGCUUCAAGAAUUGGUAGUGACCGAUAACAGCAGGGAUUGGAUGUUCCGAUAUGAACUAGCAGAGCAGCUGAUACUGAUUUUGGAACUCUAAAACCCCAAUGAUGUCUACAAUUAUUUGAUGCAUAUUGCCUUAAAGCUGUGUGCAGAUAAAAUUUCUGAAGUUUGGUGGCUCUCCUUCAGACUAGCCGUGGCCGUUCUGCCGAAGUUCUGUUCAAAUGGCGAAAGUGCUUUGGGGUUAAAUUUCAUCAGCGAAUUCAUCCUUGGACUCCGGCAUGGCUCCCAGUGGGUUGGGAGGCGAGCUCUCGCGAAACCUGCUGGUUCAAUGGCUCUGGCCUUCUCUCUGUCCCAGGCUGUGAUGAGCGAGGAUGGCAUCCCCGGGGACCAGUCCUCUGAGCACCUGCCCCCCAGCCUCCUGAGCCUUGCGUCGGACCCCGUGCCCACCGUGAGGGUCUUGCUGGCCAAGGCACUGAGGCAGACGCUGCUGGAGAAGGCAUACCUUAGAAAUGCCGGUCACCCUCAUCUUGAAGUCGUUGAAGAGACCAUCUUAGCUUUGCAGUCAAACCGGGACCAAGAUGUCUCCUUUUUGGCCACUCUAGAACCAAAGCGGCGGAAUCUUCCGGACACUGCUGUGCUGGAGAAGCGGAACUGA